GCCGAUUAGUACCGUGACUCCGUCGGUAGCCGGCGUACAAUCUUCUAGAUUCCUGUUUCAUAAAAUCAAAUAUUAUUUUUAAAAACUGUACGAAUAAUUACUUUUAAUUAAUUUAAAUUAUAUGUAUAUAGUUUUUUCAUUCGUACGAGUUAUCAAAAAAAUUUGUCAGAGUUUCAAGUUUGUUAACCGUAUCGACAUCGGAUUGUGUACAAAAAACACGUUUGUUACAUUAACCUCUUCUUACACAUUUUCGAAAAAUUUGUUUACACAGGUUAGAAAAAUAUAAUACAGAAAAAUGAAACGUUUAACGGAGGAGAAAACGAAACUGGUCUUGGAAAAAUUAGCAAAAUAUAUUGGAGAUAACGUGAAAGUGUUGAUAGAUAGACCAGAUGGCAUUUACUGCUUUCGGGAACGGAAAUGCAGGGUAUACUAUGUAUCUGAGAAAAUUCUUCCAUUAGCAAGUAUGGUGAAUCCAGAUCGAUUAGCAAGUUUUGGUACAUGUUUUGGGAAAUUUACAAAAUCUGGAAAAUUUAGGCUACACGUUACUGCGUUAUAUCAUCUAGCUCCAUAUGCACAACAUAAAAUAUGGGUCAAACCAUCGGCUGAACAACAAUUUUUAUACGGACAUCACAUAUCCAAGUCUGGCUUAAGUAGAAUAACAGAAAAUACGUUUCAAUAUCAGGGAGUAGUUAUAUUUUCAACAAGCGAUGUUCCAUUGGGUUUCGGAGUAACGGCGAAAAGUACAAUGGAUUGCAAGUACGCGGAUCCAAUGGCCACAGUGUGUUUCCAUCAGGCUGACAUAGGAGAAUACAUUAGAUCGGAAGAUUCUUUAAUUUAAUUGCACCGCGAGAAUAUUAUUGUAGACCACUUAAGUUUUAAAUUGUUAAAUAUAUGACUACGUAUUUUCAUU